AUGGCGUCGAGACCGAGCGAAGCCCCGGAGAAGCAGGACACAGAAAAGCUGCUGCCUGGGGGCAGGAAGAUAGUAAAUGGCAUUGUAUACGACGCAGAUGGCAAGCCAUGCCGGAACUGCAACGACAUGUCCGCCCUCUUCGCCAUGGGCAAGAAAACCAAGAAACUCGCCGCGCCGCCCGCACUCCCCUCCAACUGCCCCCCAGACGUCGCCCAACUCGGCCGCUCCUCCUGGACACUCUUGCACUCCAUAACCGCAACAUACCCUGAAAACCCUCCUCCGACGCUGCAGUCCGAGACGUCCGCCUUCCUCCGAACGUUCGGCAAGCUGUACCCGUGCUGGGUGUGCGCCGAGGAUUUCCAGGACUGGAUGAAGCUCAAUACGCCGAGAGUGUCGAGUAGGAGCGAGUUUGGACAGUGGAUGUGCGAGGCGCAUAACGCGGUGAAUGUCAAGCUGGGGAAGAAGGAAUUCGAUUGCAACAAGUGGGAAGAGAGGUGGAGAACCGGGUGGAAGGACGGAAGGUGUGAUCCUUGA